UUCGACACCCAAUCCAGAGCCAGCUGCAAAGCUAUCCAGGCAGACAAUUACUCCAAGAAUGAAGCCAGAAAAAGAGACGGAGCGCCCCCCCUUGAUUCCCAUUAAAGGGAUUCCCAUGGUCAAGUACUUUGCUGAGAUCUGGAGUGAGGUGGAACCCUUUGAGCCGCAUCCAGAUGAUUUGCUCAUCUCCACGUAUCCCAAGUCUGGAACCACCUGGAUCAGUGAAGUUAUAGACAUGAUCCUUAAUGAGGGUGAUAUGGAGAAAUGCAAACGAAAUCCCAUUUAUGCUCGAGUCCCUUUUUUGGAGUUUAAAGCACCAAAAGUCCCCUCAGGUAUUGAGCUACUGAAAAAAUCACUCCCCCCACGUAUGAUUAAAACCCACCUUCCCAUCCAAUUGCUCCCUGAAGGUUUCUGGAACAAGAAUUGCAAGAUGAUUUAUGUGGCCAGAAAUGCCAAAGACGUAGCUGUCUCAUAUUAUUACUUCUACCAAAUGGCAAAAGUGCUCCCUGAUCCUGGAACCUGGAAUGAAUUCCUGGAAUCAUUUAUGGCUGGAAACGUCUCUUAUGGCUCCUGGUACGACCAUGUCAAAGGCUGGUGGGACAAGAGGAAGGAACAAAGGAUGCUCUACCUCUUCUAUGAAGACAUGAUAGAGGAUCCACGAAGGGAGAUCCGGAAGAUCAUGGAAUUCCUGGAGAGGCCCCGUAAUGACCAGCUGGUGGAGAAGGUUGCCCACCAGACCUCCUUCAAAGAGAUGAAGCAGAAUGAUAUGGCCAACUAUAAGACCAUUCCCACCACAGUCAUGGACCACACCAUCUCCCCUUUCAUGAGGAAAGGUGAGCUGGGCAGAGAGCUGGAUGGGUGUAGGUGGGAUUGCUAUAGUGCGAAUAUGAUAAAGUUUACUAUCAUAACCCUGCUGACCAUUCUGCUAUUUCAGAGCUCUGCCUCCUAACCCGGAAGGGGUGAAACAGGCCUCAAUGUUUCUCCUUAUCUCAAAUGCAACCUCUGGGCUGGGAGAGAGGAGGCAGCCAUCAUCUUCCUCCGAGCUCAAAGACUCCUAGUUGUUUGGAGAAACAAAGAGGAGGGCCAGCUUUGGAAAACCAGGCCCUGCUGUUGAAGGUCAUGUCUUCAGUUGAUGGCAGGGGAGAAGCAGGAAAGUGAGGAAUUCUUUAUUCCCUCUUCCCUCAAGAGUUACAGCUCUUUCUUUAAGUAGCUGUUUUAUAACCCUUUGCCUUAAGGUUGCUAAUCUGCAGGUUUGGUAUAGAGUCCUUUCAGAAUUGCAACUGACCUUCAGAGCACAGAGAUGAAUUCCCCUGGAGAAAAUGGCAGCUUUGGAGGGCAGAUUCUGUCACAUCACAUCCUUGCUGAGCCCCACCUCUCUUCCCUCCCCAAGCUCUGCCCCCAGUUCUCCAGGAACUUCCCAGCCUGGAGUUGGCAGCCCUGUUUGGUCUUGUUCCUCUUUAGUCACUGCUGUCUUGUCUCUUCCCUUCAGGAAUCAUCGGUGACUGGAAGAACCUUUUCACAGUGGCUCAAAAUGAGAUUUUCGAUGAGCAUUACAAGAAGCAGAUGGAAGGAACAACUCUCCAUUUCCAGACAGAGAUCUGAAUGCUUUGUCUGGGCUGUUACUCCACCAUCUUAUCAACAGCAAGAUGGUGGUACUGCUAGCUUCUUUAAAUCUGCCCACUCAGGUGCCCAUCUGAUGAUUCAAUAUUCAGCUAAGAUGUUGGAGAACCAAAAAAAAAACAGAAACCAUGAUUCCUGGAUCUCUCACAUUCAGCUGCCUCUGAACACUCAGAAUUCCUACUGUGAAGACAAACAUACAUUGCUUAAGUACUGAGCCUUCGUGGAUCUUCAUUGUAGAGGUGCAAUGAAUAAGCCUCUAGAGGGCUUAGUGCUGUGAUAGCAAAAAGAGUGUUUUGCAUAGAAGCUUUAUUUAGUGUGGGAUGAAACUUGCUAUGUUUGUGUCAUGUACGCAUGCGUUUGCUGUCACCAGGCAGAGUAAGUACGAUGAUUUAUAGGUUGAUGUUGGGGAAUGCUGUGAUGUCAUAGAACUAAUAAAAGCAGUGCAGAGGUGCGAAGGAGGAGUUACAUUCCCCACGCAAAUCUCCAGUGCACUUGGAACUCCUCUCAA